AUGACCGGACCAACCGCCCCCAUCGAAACAAAACCGCCAGCAUCCACCCAGCCUGCAGCACCUGAAUCUCACGCUCACUCUUACUCCCACCCCCGAAUCACAGUCCAGUACUGCACGCAAUGCAAAUGGAUGCUUCGGGCUGCCUAUUUCGCCCAAGAACUCCUCUCUACAUUUAACACAGACAUCGGCGAGAUCGCGCUGGUUCCGCGCACGGGGGGUGUUUUUACUGUUACUAUUUUCCCUACUACUACUACCGCAGAAGAUGGUGAUGGGACAAUCCUCUGGGAUCGGAAGAGGGAUGGGGGAUUCCCUGAGGUGAAGGAGUUGAAAUCACGCGUGCGGAAUGUAAUUGACCCGACGAGGAAUCUGGGGCAUACGGACCGGGCGUUGAAGAAAGGUGUGGAAGCUGCUGAGGCUGCGACUGCAUCUACAUCUACGUCUACAUCUGCGCCCGGACCAGGGCCCGGGCCUGCAGCAUCUGGAAAGGAUGCGGAGUGUGAAGACUGCAAGUAG